UGUUUUGUUGUUUAUGCGAUGAAAAUCGGCGGAAUAAAUUUUGAAAUGCUGAAUUUAUUUUGUCUAAAAUAGAAUUAGAACUAUUAGAAGAUUUAUUAUUGAAUUAUGCUGAUGAUGAAAAUCAAAUAAGGAACGUUACAGUACACCAAGAUGUACGAUUUCGAAGAAGAACAAUUUGACGAAGAUGAUUCGACGGAGAUAUCUUCGGAAUUAUGGCAAGAAGCUUGCUGGAUCGUCAUCAACUCUUACUUCGAUGAGAAAGGUUUGGUCCGGCAGCAGCUGGACUCGUUCGAUGAGUUCAUACAGAUGUCUGUUCAACGAAUAGUCGAAGAUACUCCUUCGAUAGAAUUGACGGCUGAAGCUCAACAUAGAAGAGGAGAAAUUGAAACACCGCCUCGAUAUGUGAUGAAAUUUGAACAAAUUUAUCUAUCGAAACCUACUCAUUGGGAAAGAGAUGGUUCGCCUUCGCCCAUGAUGCCGAAUGAAGCUAGAUUACGAAAUUUAACGUAUUCCGCUCCUUUAUACGUGGAUAUUAUGAAAACUAUAUUCCGCGAAGGUGAAGAACCUGUUGAGACUCAGAAUCAGAAAUCUUACAUUGGUAAAAUUCCUAUCAUGUUACGUUCCACGUAUUGUUUACUGAAUGGUCUAACCGAUCGUGAUUUAACCGAAUUGAACGAAUGUCCACUGGAUCCCGGUGGUUAUUUCAUCAUUAACGGAUCCGAAAAAGUACUUAUCGCUCAAGAAAAAAUGGCCACCAAUACGGUCUACGUUUUCAGCAUGAAAGACGGUAAAUUUGCUUUCAAAGCUGAAAUCCGGUCUUGCCUAGAACACACAUCACGUCCUACCAGUACGUUGUGGGUUAAUAUGUUGGCUCGUGGUGGUCAAAGUAUCAAAAAAUCGGCCAUUGGUCAACGUAUCAUCGCCAUUUUACCAUAUAUUAAGCAAGAAAUACCAAUUAUGAUUGUUUUCCGUGCUUUGGGAUUCGUCGCUGACAGAGACAUCUUGGAACACAUUAUUUACGACUUCGAAGACCAGGAAAUGAUGGAAAUGGUCAAACCUUCACUCGACGAAGCUUUUGUAAUUCAAGAACAAAACGUCGCGUUAAAUUUUAUCGGUGCUCGUGGUGCUCGACCCGGAGUCACAAAAGAAAAAAGAAUAAAAUACGCUAGAGAAAUUCUACAAAAAGAAAUGUUACCUCAUGUCGGUGUUUCUGAUUUUUGUGAAACGAAAAAAGCCUAUUUUCUUGGUUACAUGGUCCAUCGUUUAUUAUUGGCUGCGUUGGGUCGUCGUGAACUUGACGAUCGGGAUCAUUACGGUAACAAAAGAUUGGACUUGGCCGGACCUUUAUUAGCAUUUUUAUUCAGAGGAUUAUUCAAAACUCUCACGAAAGAAGCCAGAAUGUACGCUCAAAAAUUCAUCGACCGAGGAAAAGAUUUCAAUUUAGAAUUAGCCAUUAAGACUAAAAUCAUCACGGACGGUUUACGUUACUCGUUGGCCACCGGAAACUGGGGCGAUCAGAAAAAGGCUCAUCAAGCUAGAGCCGGAGUAUCCCAAGUAUUGAAUCGGUUGACUUUCGCUUCAACUUUAUCUCAUUUACGUCGUGUCAACUCUCCUAUCGGCAGAGACGGUAAAUUAGCUAAGCCUCGUCAGUUACACAACACUUUGUGGGGUAUGAUUUGUCCUGCCGAAACUCCCGAAGGCGCAGCUGUAGGAUUAGUAAAAAAUCUAGCCUUGAUGGCCUACAUUUCUGUCGGGUCGCAACCGUCUCCUAUUUUAGAGUUUUUGGAAGAGUGGAGUAUGGAAAAUUUAGAAGAAAUUGCCCCGUCUGCGAUUGCCGAUGCUACGAAAAUAUUUGUCAAUGGAUGCUGGGUCGGUAUCCAUCGUGACCCCGAACAAUUAAUGGGUACGCUGAGAAAACUUCGACGUCAGAUGGACAUUAUCGUCAGUGAAGUAUCAAUCGUACGAGAUAUCAGAGAUCGUGAAAUUCGUAUUUAUACAGACGCCGGACGUAUCUGCAGACCAUUACUUAUUGUCGAAAAUGGCUCCCUAUUGUUGAAGAAAGUCCAUGUCGAUAAUUUAAAACAGAGAGAUUACAAUAAUUACGGCUGGCAAUAUCUGGUAUCAGGUGGCGUAGUCGAAUACAUCGAUACACUCGAAGAAGAAACCACCAUGAUCGCUAUGAACAUCGAAGAUUUGCACCAAGACAAAGAAUGUGCCUACUGUACCACCUAUACUCACUGCGAAAUCCAUCCAGCUAUGAUAUUGGGUGUUUGCGCUUCCAUUAUUCCGUUCCCCGAUCACAACCAGAGUCCUCGUAAUACCUAUCAAAGUGCUAUGGGUAAACAAGCUAUGGGAGUGUAUAUCACAAAUUACCACGUUCGGAUGGACACCUUGGCACACGUGUUGUAUUAUCCGCAUAAACCUCUAGUCACUACUCGAUCUAUGGAAUAUUUACGGUUUAGAGAUCUACCCGCUGGAAUUAACGCUAUCGUGGCUAUUUUAUGUUAUUCCGGAUAUAAUCAAGAAGACAGCGUUAUUUUGAACGCAUCCGCCGUAGAAAGAGGAUUUUUCAGAUCCGUCUUUUACCGAUCGUAUAAAGACUCCGAAACGAAGAGUAUCGGUGAUAAAGAAGAGCAGUUCGAGAAACCGAAUAGAGCCACGUGCCAGGGUAUGAGAAAUGCAAUUUACGAUAAAUUAGACGACGAUGGUAUCAUAGCUCCUGGUUUGAGAGUAUCCGGUGACGAUGUGAUCAUCGGCAAAACGAUGAUGUUACCAGAUAACGAAGAUGAAUUGGAAGGAACUACGAAACGGUACUCGAAACGAGAUGCUAGUACAUUCUUGAGAAACAGUGAAACUGGUAUCAUUGAUCAGGUCAUGUUGACGUUGAACGCAGACGGUCAUAAAUUCGUUAAAAUUAGGGUACGAUCAGUGCGUAUUCCCCAAAUUGGUGACAAAUUCGCUUCCAGACACGGUCAAAAGGGUACUUGCGGUAUUCAAUACAGACAAGAGGAUAUGCCAUUCACAGCUGAAGGUAUCACUCCAGAUAUUAUAAUUAACCCCCACGCUAUCCCGUCUCGUAUGACAAUUGGUCACUUGAUCGAGUGUCUUCAAGGAAAAGUAUCUUCUAAUAAAGGAGAAAUCGGUGACGCUACACCAUUCAACGAUGUAGUAAACGUACAAAAAAUCUCGAGCCUGUUACAAGAUUACGGUUAUCAUUUGAGAGGUAACGAAAUAAUAUACAAUGGAUUCACUGGACGUAAGCUGAACGCGCAGGUGUUCGUUGGUCCUACGUAUUACCAAAGAUUGAAACACAUGGUGGACGAUAAAAUUCACUCGAGAGCCAGAGGACCUGUUCAGAUCUUAGUACGACAACCUAUGGAGGGAAGAGCUCGUGACGGAGGAUUACGUUUCGGAGAGAUGGAACGAGAUUGUCAAAUUGCUCACGGAGCUGCGCAAUUCCUUCGCGAACGUUUGUUCGAAGUGUCUGAUCCGUAUAGAAUCAACGUGUGUAAUUUCUGCGGCCUUAUUGCCAUCGCGAAUCUGAGAAAUAACACGUUCGAAUGUAAAGGUUGUAAGAAUAAGACUCAGAUAUCUCAAAUAAAGUUGCCGUAUGCUGCUAAAUUACUGUUUCAAGAACUCAUGUCGAUGAAUAUCGCUCCGCGAUUGAUGAUCGAAUGAAUAGUUUAAUUUUCUUUUCUGCUUUCGUGUAUUAUUAUUUAUUAUGAUUGUUGACGUCGAUCAGAGCAAGAGAUUUUUUUGUAUAGAUGUUUUCUAUUUUUAUUUUACUUUUUCUUGAGUAAAUUUGUGAAAUUCUGAAGAAUAA